AUGUUCGAUGUCUUGUUGGUUUUUUCAAUUGUUCACUCAACAAUCGCAAUCAUUGGCAUGAUUUUCAAUUCGGUUCUGAUUUAUUUGGCCUUAUUCAAAACUCCCCAAGUUAUUCGAUCUUAUACAACGCUGAUUGUUAAUUUUGCGUUGACUGAUUUUUUCGCGUGUUUUUUCGAUUAUUUUGUGCAACAAAGAAUCAUUCCGGUGGGAUGGAGUUUAAGUUAUGUUUCAAGUGGACCUUGCAAAUUUAUUUCUUCUAACGCGUGUUAUGUUGGGUAUGUUUUUGGGAGAAAUUCAAUUAUCGCUGAUCAAAAUUUCUAGGAGCGUUUUACUAAUCUAAUUGGCCAAAAAAAAAACUUCUAGCGAUUUCUGAAAAGAUUUUAUAAAAGUUGAACUUUGAUAUAUGUUCCCAAAUAGAUAAAUAAGUAGAAUCUAGUCUUAAUCAAAGACUAAAAAUUGAGCUUGCUCCUAAGCGAUUUCUGAGAACGGAUUAGUGAAGAAUAAAUACCUAAAAUCAAAUAUUAAUCCUUAUUAUAUUAUAGAUACAGUCUAAUGCUUCACUUUUUUGCUCAUUCUUUGUGGUCUCUUCUUCUAUCUUUCUCAUAUCGUUAUUAUAUUCUUUUUUAUCCAGCUCCUCGAAAAUUAACCCUCAUUGUAAUAGUUAUCCUAAUUUAUCAACCCUCACUUCUUCAAUGGAUUAGCUUUCUUUGGGCUCAAGAUGACACCAAAGAUGUUCGAGCUGGUUUACAUAAACAAUUUCCGAAUUAUACAUUUCAUGAAGAUCAAAUUGUCACUGGAACUCUUGAUAUUCGAAGUUUCAGUGCAAUGUACACAAUUUUACAUAUGACAUUACCAGUGUCUCCAGUUUAUGCGUGUAUUUUAAUUUUGAGAAAUCGAAUUAUUAAAAGAUUAUCCGAACAAACGAGUAGUCUAUCACAAAAAACAAAGAAAUUACACAAACAAUUAUUGAUGGUAAGAAAUUCCGAGAGAGGAUACACACAAUUUCUGAAAUUGUUUCAGGCUUUAUCCUACCAAGCUCUUCUUCCCGGAUUUUUUGUAAUCGCCGUAUCUUCUUAUGCUUUAGGCCAAUUGGAUAUUUAUCAUCAUCCCUUCUUCGAAUACCUCACAUUUUCCUCAAUUGUAUUCAUUCCAUUUUUAUCUCCAGUUUCCUCAUUCAUUUUCGUCACUCCUUAUCGUCAAUUCCUAGCUGGUCUCUUUUUCAAAGUCACCAAAGUGAAGCCUUCUUAUACUCAAAAUAAUUCGACAUCUUUUCAUACGGCAAGUGCAGUCACAUAUCGAAGAAGUACUGUGGAUUUUGGAUGA